AUGUUGCCGUCGUUAGCAGACCAACUAGCCAUCGAGCAAACCGGGCCGGGCCAAUUUAUCUCCAAAGAGCUUCCCCAGCGCAUGGGCAACGCAAUGCCUAUCGCAUACGGCGGAUGCACCGCAGGCAUAGCAACGCGCGCAGCCUGUGCCACGGUGCCGGAGUCGUUCUCGCUAUACUCCCUCGUGGGACACUUCCUCGGGCCAGCGUCGACCACAGAGAAGCUGGCAUGCACGGUUCACACCACGCGUAACACCAAGACCUUCACUACGCGGCGCGUCGUGGUCAGCCAGCAGCGGCCCGAUGGCCAGGUCCGCACAUGCCUGGAGCUGCUGGCGGACUUCCAGGUCGAGGAGCCGGCGCUGAUGGCGUACUCUGCGCCGCCGACGAUCCCGUUCAAGGGGCCCCACGAAAGCCCCACAGCGAAGCAGCUGGCUGAGAAAGCUGUUGCUCAAGGACUUGCCAGCAGCGACAUAGUCGAGAAGAAUGGUAUCAUGUUCUCAAUGAUGGAGAACUUCUUUGAGACGAGGACUUGCGCUGAAGGAAUGACCGGUCAAAAUGUGGUGGGCCUCCUGAGGACGCUUCCGACGGACCAGGACGAUCUCCCGCUGACAGAAAGGAGUUCCGGAGAUUGGGCCAAGACGAAGGAACCCUUGACUUCAGCUGGCGAAAAGGCGGCUGUUCUCUCCUUCUUGAUGGACGGCGGCCUGUCCUUUCUCCCGCUCUGGCAUGAGCACCUGUGGUUUGACGACGCUGGGGCUUGCUCGACGCUAGACUUCGCUCUGCGGCUCUUCACGCCUGAUGUCGACUUAAGCAAUUGGCACCUCCGUGAGAGGAAGACCAUCGCAGCUGGCUAUGGCAGGACAUACUCGGAGGGCCGUCUGUGGGAUGAGCAGCGAAACUUGGUCGCUUGCAUGACGCAGCAGUGCAUAUUGCGGCCAAAGCCGCAAGGCAAAGUGAAGGCAGUGCUGUGA